CGACAUACUCCUCUGCCCGUCCGCGGUCACGAGCCGCGAAUUUGUACUCUCCGCUUCAUACUUCCCACCCUUUUUCCUCUCUCUAUGCGCGGACCAGAUAUUAAUCCCACCAUCUCACCGUCUCGACUGUGAGAAAAAAAAUAAUUAGGGUUUUCGUUUCUGCAAUGGUGGGGAUGAUGAUGACCGCCAAUUCCCACGAAAGGCUCGCGGGUCUCAUGGACUCCGCCAUCUUCGCCGCCGAUAUUCCCUCGAAGCUCGACCGCUUGCGCCAAUCGAAGCAGGAUUUGGUCCGGCAACAGGACCCUGAUUUGCUCUCCGAACUCCUCCCUCGCUUCUUCGAGCUUCAGUCCGACCGGUUCAGCCCGGUCCGAAAAUUUGCCACUGAAAUGCUUGGCGAAAUUGGAUUGAUGCACGUAGAACUGUUGCCAGACAUUGUACCCUCGUUAAUUGAUGUUUUGAGUGAUGAAACCCCGGCAGUUGCUCGACAGGCGAUCACUAGCGGGAGUAAUUUAUUUCGUUGCGUUCUCGAAAAGGUUUCGAUUCAGGGUCUACAUGCUAGUGAAUUGGACAGUUCGCUCGAGUCAGCUUGGGCAUGUGUGUUAAAGCUGAAGGAUGAAAUAUAUUCUAUAGCUUUUCGGCCGGGAAGUGGGGGAGUAAGGUUGCGAGCACUGAAAUUUGUUGAGUCAGUCAUUCUUCUUUAUACUCCUGAUCCUAAUGGCUCCCCAGGCCCCCCUGCUCUUGAAGGGGACUUAGUGGAAUUUAAUGUAUCUUGGCUUCGUGGUGGGCAUCCUCUGCUCAAUGUUGGAGAUUUGUCAAUUGAGGCUAGUAAAAGUUUGGGUUUAUUGCUUGAUCAACUUAGGUUCCCAACUGUGAAAUCGCUUGGUAACUUAGUGAUCGUUGUGCUUAUUAACAGUCUUUCAGCAAUUGCAAGGAAGAGGCCUGCAUUCUAUGGUCGCAUUUUGCCUGUAUUACUUGGAUUUGAUCCCUCAAGCAAUGUCAUUAACGGGGUACAUGUUUCUGGGCCACGUCAUGCCUUAAAAAAUGCCUUCCUCACCUGCUUAAAAUGUACACACCAGGGUGCUGCACCGUGGCGGGAUCGUUUGGUUGGUGCGUUGAGAAAGAUGCAAGCUGGAGGGUUGGUAGAGCUAGCCACCCAGCAAGAAUGCAAGAUUAAUGGAAGUGUGGAAGACGGGCUAGAUGAUUCUCUAGUUACUAAGGAAGAGAAGCCAACUAUUACAAUAACUAAUGCUGUGCAAAGUAGUUUUGGGAAGAAACGGUUAGGAGCACUUGAUGGUAGUGAUCUUGCAGUGGAUCAAGAUGUAUCAGGAAAGCGUGCCAAAUCGACAUCUAGUUUCUCUGGGGAUUCGGAAGAGGUAGGAAGGAAUGUUUCUGCGUCUCUAGAUGAUGUUUCUUCAAGUGGAACUACCACUUCUAGAGGAGACGGUGAUAAUGGACCUGUGCAGCAACUUGUUGCUAUGUUUGGUGCAUUGGUUGCUCAAGGUGAAAAAGCUGUUGGUUCUUUGGAAAUUCUUAUCUCAAGUAUCUCUGCUGACUUGCUAGCAGAGGUAGUGAUGGCUAAUAUGUGCAACCUUCCACCCAAUCUUCUUGGAGAUGAAGGAGAUGAAUCUCUGAUGAACAUGCAUAUAGUCGGCGGUGAUUCUCGAGUUAAAUAUCCACCAUCAUUUAUUGCUGAUGUUCUUUCACUUACAAGUACUUUCCCUCCUAUAGCUGCACUCCUAGAUGCUCAUCAGUCAGUGUCCAGUGAUAUAGUGAAAUCCGAACAGGAGGAAGAACAGGUACCAGAUGUAGUUGAUAGCGGUGUUGCAUCUACUGGCAUGGAUUAUGUUUUUGGAGAUGAAACUGCCAUCUUACCUAUGCGUUUACCAGCUUCAUCUGAAAUGGAGCAUGGUUGCCCAUCACUUCCAUCUGAUCAUGAUAUGGAAUAUCUUGAGAGUGAAAUACCUGGACUGGAUUCUGCUUGUAAUAGUGGAUCAGAACCCAUCAUUGCAUCCUCAUCAACCUUAAUGGAUGUAGAAGAUGCAAGCCAAGAGCAAGUUACCAGUGUUAAGGUAGAAAAUGCAUGCCAAGAGCAAGUUACCAGUAUGGGUCAAAGGACUCCACUUAAUCUACUUCCAUCACUAUCAACUGAUAAGUCUGAGGAGCUUAGUCCACGAGCAGCUGUUGCAGAUGUCAGUGUGCUUUCUUCGACAGCAACUUCAGUUGGGUUGUCCCAUCAUCUUGUCCUGCCCAAGAUGUCGGCACCGGUUGUUAUCCUUUCUGAUGAAGAGAAGGAUUGGUUGCAGCAGUUGGCUUUUACUCGCAUCAUCGAGGCAUACAAGCAAAUAGCCGUUGCAGGAGGUUCCCAAAUACGAUGUUCUCUCCUUAUAAGUUUAGGAGUUGAGUUCCCUUUGGAGUUAGACCCAUGGAAACUGCUGCAGAAGCAUAUCUUGGCAGAUUAUACGAAUAAUGAGGGACACGAGUUGACAUUGCGUGUCCUAUACAGGUUAUUUGGAGAGGCAGAAGAGGAACGCGAUUUCUUUUCUUCGACAACUGCUACUUCUGUAUAUGAAAUGUUCCUUUCAACUGCGGUGGAUACACUUAGAGAUUCUUUUCCACCAUCGGACAAGUCAUUAAGCAGAUUGCUUGGUGAGGUUCCUUAUUUACCAGAUUCAGUUUUGAAAUUCUUGGAGUGCAUGUGCUCACCUGGAAACUGCGACAAAACCGAGAAGGAAACACAAGGUGGGGAUCGAGUGACUCAAGGUCUUAGCAUUGUCUGGAGCCUGAUUUUGCUAAGGCCUCCUCUCCGAGAUCCAUGCUUAAAAAUUGCUUUACAGAGUGCAGUCCAUCAUCUGGAGGAAGUGCGCAUGAAGGCUAUACGUCUGGUUGCAAACAAGCUUUAUCCUCUGUCAUUUAUUGCCCAACGAAUAGAAGAUUUCGCUAUUGAAAAGUUGCUUUCUCUAAAAAGUUGUGAUGCAACUGAAAAGAUAGAUGCUGAAGGAUCGAAAUAUGAAUUACAGAAGGAUUCUGAUUCAGAAAAACAUUCCAAUGAACCUCCAUCAGUGAGUGGUAACAGUAAAGAUAUCUCCUCUGAUAAUCAUCAGUCAUUCAGUUCUCAAAAUGUGUCGUCCCUCUCAAUUGCUGAGGCCCAGCGGUGUUUGUCAUUGUAUUUUGCUCUUUGUACAAAGAAGCAUUCCCUUUUUCGCCAAAUAUUUGUUGUUUACGGAAGCGCAUCAAAGGCCAUCAAGCAGGCGGUUCAACGCCAAAUUCCAAUACUUGUACGAACUAUGGGAUCAUCACCAAAUCUUCUUGAAAUUAUUUCUGAUCCUCCAACUGGAAGCGAGAAUCUCCUGAUGCAGGUUUUACAUACCCUGACGGAUGGAACAGUUCCCUCUCAAGAACUGAUUUUUACUGUUAGAAAGCUAUAUGAUUCAAAACUGAAGGAUAUAGAGAUUCUUAUUCCAAUAUUACCCUUUCUGCCUAAAGAUGAGGUUUUGCUUAUAUUUCCCCAACUUAUGAAUCUUCAACUGGAUAAGUUCCAAGCAGCACUAGCUCGCAUACUACAGGGAUCAUCCCAGUCUGGUCCUCUUCUGGCUCCAGCUGAAAUCUUGAUUGCUAUCCACGGAAUUGAUCCCGACAGAGAUGGAAUUCCACUAAAGAAGGUCACAGAUGCAUGCAAUGCCUGCUUUGAGCAGAGGCAGAUAUUCACCCAACAAGUUCUUGCCAAAGUUUUGAAUCAGUUGGUUGAGCAGAUUCCUCUUCCUUUACUGUUUAUGCGUACUGUAUUACAAGCCAUAGGUGCCUUUCCUGCACUGGUGGAUUUUAUAAUGGAGAUCCUGUCUCGGCUUGUGAGCAAGCAGAUAUGGAAAUACCCGAAGUUGUGGGUGGGAUUCUUAAAGUGUACGUUCUUGACAAAACCUCAGUCAUUUGCCGUGCUGCUUCAGCUACCUCCAGCACAGCUAGAAAACGCACUGAAGAGAACUGCAGCUCUGAAAGGACCGUUGGUUGCUCAUGCUAGUCAACCAGACAUCCGAUCUUCCCUUCCAAGGUCGAUAUUGGUAGUUUUGGGAAUUGUUUCCGAUUCUCCGGCACAAACAAGUCAGUCUCAAGCCGCGGCACAGACAAGUCAGUCUCAAGCUGCGGCACAGACAAGUCAGUCUCACGCCGCAGCACAGACAAGUCAGUCUCAGGCUGUGGCACAGGCAAGUCAGUUUCAGGCCGAGGAACAUACAAGUCAGUCUCAGGCUGCGGCACAGACAAGUCAGUUUCAGGCCGAGGCACAUACAAGUCAGUCUCAGGCCGAGGCACAGACAAGUCAGUCUCAAGCCGAGGCACAAACAAGUCAGUCUCAGACCGAGGCACAGUCAAGUCAGUCCCAGGCUGGGGAGGCAAGCAACUCGGAAAAGGAAGCAGUCACAGAGAAACCAAAGGAGUCAUCUAGUGCUAGUUGAACUUCAGAUGGGGGAUACCGCAAUAGUUCCGAACUCAUAGCCAUGUAAAACAGAUUUACCGCUUUCUUAGAAUAGUUACAGUAAGAGAGAUGCAUAAUAGGCAACAUUCAAUUGUGUACCAAAGUUCUUUCGCUCAUAAAUGCGUUUCCUACAA